AUGUCCCAUAAAUACAAGAUUAGGCCUUCCAAAUAUGAAACUAGUGAUCCUGCCAUUAAGGUAGAGAUGCGAAGGUUUAUCCAACAAUUAGAGGAACGUUUGAAAAAGGAGCUCCAGCACCGACGUGUGGAUCCAGAUUUAACUCACGUCGUGCCUCGUCAUCUGUAUGGAAAAACGGCAAGAAUUAUUCAACUUUCCCCGUACGACCUGCGUGAAUUCGAAGCAAUUAUUAAAAGUCGCUUGAAGAACGCAUACCGCUAUGACGGUGGUAAAGAUAUAAAAGAUUCCGACAGUAUGAGUCCUGAAAUGGGUGAUGACGAAGACGACGAUGCCGAUGGGGUUCGCCAGUCAAAGUUCGGAAUGAAAAUCGAACCUAAAACAAAACCGCGUGAACUGAAACUGCGGGAGGUCAAUUGGAUGGAAAACUUUCUGAAGAAAACUCGCAAAGAACGCAUAAAGUGGCAAACGAAGCUGUACCGAUCGGACAAAAAACUGCUGGAGAAGCCACUCUUCGAGCAGGUCGAGGAACUUAUCGACCUCGGGGCGCAGGACUUUGCUGAAUGGUUAAACACCCUCGGAGCGGAAAAAUCCAACAUCACAAAAGACAUCAUCAAACAGCUGUUUUCGAUCGGGGUGGAGGGCGACUCGGCGAAAGCACUCUGUGUCGAACCGAAGGAAAUUCGCGCCAUUCCGGAUGAGGUGGCCAAAGAUUGGAACCUGAAUUAUAUGGCUCUGCAGCGUAAAAUCGCCCAGGUAAUGCGAAGCGACCGACGGGAGGCGAAAGUUCGCGAGCGUCAUAUCGCUUUCGGCCGCACGCUUCCGAUGCACAUGCGCCGCUUCAAGCGCUUUGAUGACAUCGAGGAAAUUGUGCCGAACUUUCCGGAGGAAACGAAAACUUUCCAGAAGGUUUUCAAAGGUAUCUGUCAUCUGCGGUCGGUGAAGAUAUUGGUUGAUCAUUUGAAGGAGCAUCCGGAAAUUCACCGACCGAAGUAUCUGGUCGAUCAGGGCAUGUUCAAACCGAAGGAAACCAAGCCGAGUGACCACGUGCCGCUGUAUAAGCACUAUUUUAAACGAUAG